ACCAGUCGCCCCUUCAUUGAGUCAACCCCCAAGCUGACCGCCUGGCUGGUCAGGAAGGGGGCCGGGGCGCGGGGCCGAACCGCGCGGAGCCCACCACCGCUGCCCGGGGGGAGCGGCGUGCUUGGACAGGCGCACUGGGCGCGCCUUCCAGCUGAGGAGUCAGACACCCGGCGCCGCCGCAGCACCAGGUGAGGAAAAAGCGGCCGUGAAUCGGGAACAGGGAGCCGCGCCGCUUCCCCGCGCCGGGGCGGGUCCCCGGGGGCGCUGCUGCCUCCCCCGCCACCGACUUGGUCGCCGCCUGUUGCGCGGCGGAGAGUUGGGGGCGGAGAGGAGGCAGUGGCGGCGCCGGCCGAGGAGGGGCGCGCUGACUGCGCAGCGCCAGUCCCGGGUGGCCUGCGGGCGCACGGUCGGGGUUGGAGCAGCGGCGGGGCCGGGGCUGGGGCCCGGGUCAGAGGAAGCCGGGGAAAGGGCCGGGCCAGAGGGCGGCGGGGCCGGCGGAGAGCGGUCGCCCGAAGGGAAGAUGAGACGAGUUCGGCAAAAUGAUGGCAGAGCGUAAUCCCAUGCAAAGCCAGCAAGAUUUACAAAAUGGUAGCGUAGAGGAAGGCGUUGCGGUGCAUUCUCUUGAGAGCGACUCCCAAAACGGGAUGGAGAGCCUGGGCCCAAAGAAAUACUCUUCCAGUCUGAGGUUCAAAGCCAACGGGGACUAUUCUGGCUCCUAUCUGACCCUCUCGCAACCUGUGCCUGCCAAGAGAAGCCCUUCUCCUCUGGGCACCAGUGUCAGAAGUAGUCCCUCCGUGGCCAAAAUCCAAGCAAGCAAGCCGUUCUCCUGUGAUGGGACUGACAAAAGUAUGUCCAUGAAACCUCCCACACCUUUACUCAGCACCCCUUCCGGUGCAUACCCCCUGGGGAGAGCUGACUUUGAUCACUUUACUGGGCGGGACAGUGAGAAGUCCUUGAGACUCUCCGAGAAGCCUCCCUAUUCCAAGUAUAGCUCCAGGAAUAAGUCACAUGACAAUGUGUACUUUCUCGGAGGGCUGGAAGGCAGAAAGGCAUCUGGCUCCCUCCUGACCAUGUGGAAUGGCGGUUCCCUGAAUGACAGCGGCCCCUCUCCCAUCAGCAGAUCAGGAGCAGCAAGCAUGCCUUCAAGCCCAAAGCAAGCCAGGAGAAUGAACCUUCAAGACAACCUGACACUGCAGUCCAAGUCAAGCAGACACAGGGAGUUGGCGACCGAAAGCGCUGGUUUACGGACCCGGAAGUAUUCGGGCAGCGGCCUCAGUCACAUGGGAGCCUACAGCCGGUCGCUUCCCAGGUUGUACAAAGCCACGGAGAAUCAGCUGACGCCUCUCAGCUUGCCUCCCAGAAGCUCUCUGGGCAAUUCCAAACGAACGAAACUAGGGGAAAAGGAUCUACCUCAUGGCGUUGUAGACAGCGACAAUUACCUUAACUUUUCCUCUUUAAGCUCAGGAGCCCUCCCCUACAAGUCCUCUGCCUCCGAGGGCCAUCCUUAUGUCAGUUCCACCCUCAGCGUGCCUGCCAGUCCUCGUGUGGCUCGGAAGAUGCUUCUGGCCUCGACCUCCUCCUGCGCUUCUGAUGACUUUGACAGGGCUUCAUUCCCGGGGACCAGUCCCAGCCACUCGAUUCCUCUCGGAGAGCCAGACAGAGUGUUUGUAGCCAGGAGGAACUUCUCUUGUAGCUCUAUGGAGUUGGACGAUGCUGAUUUGGACAGCCUCCGUCAGGCCUCUGGGACGCCCCAGCCUCCCCUUCGGGAACGGAAGAGCAGCAUUAGCUCCAUUUCCGGGCGCGAAGACCUCAUGGACUAUCACCGGCGGCAGAGAGAGGAGAGACUCAGGGAGCAGGAGAUGGAGCGGCUGGAAAGACAGCGUCUGGAGACCAUCCUCAGCCUAUGUGCUGAGUACACAAAGCCCGACAGUCAUUUGUCCACUGGCACCACCGUGGCGGAUGUGCAGAAAAUCAACAAGGAGCUUGACAAGCUGCAACUUUCCGACGAGGAAUCGGUGUUUGAAGAAGCCCUGGCAGCUGCUGACACACGAUACAGGUGCAACCGGAAGGGCUCACACCAUGAUGCAGAGUUGGCUGGCUUCGGAGGCCUCGGUCAGAGCAGUGGUAAUUUCCUUUCCCCCAGAAGCAUCAGAAACGAGGAACUGCUCAGUGAUCUCACCAGGACGCCUCCUCCACCAUCCUCUGCCUUUUUGAAAGCUUCCAGUGAAUCCUCUUACCUAAGCAUCCUCCCAAAGACCCCAGAGGGCAUAAGUGAAGAACAGAGGGCCCAGGAGCUGGCCGCAAUGGAAGAUGCUCGAAUAGUAAUUCUGAACAACCUGGAGGAGCUUGAGCAGAAAAUCAAAGAUAUAAAUGACCAGAUGGAUGAAUCUUCCAGAGAGUUGGAUAUGGAAUGUGCUCUUUUGGAUGGAGAACAGAAAUCUGAAACAGCGGAACUGAUGAAGGAGAAGGAGAUUUUGGAUCAUCUAAACCGGAAGAUUGCCGAACUAGAAAAGAACAUUGUUGGUGAAAAGACCAAGGAGAAGGUAAAGCUUGAUGCUGAAAGGGAAAAACUAGAGAGGCUUCAGGAGCUUUACUCCGAGCAGAAGACCCAGCUGGACAAUUGUCCUGAGUCCAUGAGGGAGCAGUUACAGCAACAACUGAAGAGGGAUGCGGACCUGCUGGAUGUUGAAAGCAAGCACUUUGAAGAUUUGGAAUUCCAGCAGCUUGAGCACGAGAGCCGACUGGAUGAGGAAAAGGAGAACCUGACCCAACAGCUCCUGCGUGAAGUGGCUGAGUAUCAACGAAACAUUGUUACUAGGAAGGAAAAAAUUUCUGCAUUGAAAAAGCAGGCCAAUCACAUUGUCCAGCAGGCUCAGAGGGAGCAAGAUCAUUUUGUGAAAGAGAAGAAUAAUUUAAUAAUGAUGCUGCAAAGAGAAAAGGAGAAUCUGUGCAAUUUGGAAAAGAAAUACUCCAGCCUCUCUGGAGGGAAAGGAUUCCCUGUUAACCCCAAUACUCUAAAAGAGGGCUAUAUCAGUGUAAAUGAAAUUAAUGAGCCAUGUGGCAAUUCCACGAAUCUGUCCCCUUCCACUCAGUUCCCUGCUGAUGCUGAUGCUGGUGCUGAUGCCACUGAGCCUGCCACGGCUGUGCCGGUGAGCCAGCCACGGAGUAAAGAGCAAAGAUCUGCUGUCUGUUCUGGAUUUGUGUUUCCUUCCAUCCUUUCUGCUCAUCCUGUCCCUGAACCUCCAUCAGACCCUUGGCCUGAAGUCGUGACUACAUCUGUCAGUCCUUUCCCUUUAAAUGACACACCUCCUCCUCUACCAGCUAAGAAACACCGAAGGCAGCCACCCCAAGAGCAACAGCACUUUAGAAGUCUGGAAGAAAGGAAAAAACAGCAUAAAGAAGUCCUCUAUCUGAGUGAUACUUUGCCUCGAAAGAAAACCACACCUUCCAUCUCCCCACAUUUCAGCAGUGCUACCAUGGGGAGAAGCACCGCCCCAAAGGCUCAUCUGCCAUUGGGACAGAGCAAUAGCUGCGGCAGCGUGCUUCCCCACUCACUGGCUACCAUGACCAAAGACUCUGAAUCGAGAAGGAUGCUCAGAGGAGCAAUUACUAAUUCCAAAAGUUCAAGUAUCAAAGGUUAUAAUCACCAACAGAUGAGCGAAGGGCAAAGGCAGAAACCCUCUGAAUUUUACAACCGUACAGCAUCUGAAUCAAAUGUCUACUUGAAUAGCUUCCAUUACCCAGAUCACAGCUACAAGGACCAAGCCUUUGAUACCUUGAGCCUCGACAGCUCAGACAGCAUGGAGACGAGCAUCUCUGCCUGCUCACCUGACAACAUUUCAAGUGCCAGCACUUCAAACAUUGCCAGAAUAGAAGAAAUGGAGAGAUUGCUGAAGCAGGCUCAUGCAGAAAAGACAAGGCUGCUGGAAUCCAGGGAACGGGAAAUGGAAGCCAAAAAACGAGCUCUAGAAGAAGAAAAACGACGCAGAGAACUCCUGGAAAAACGACUGCAGGAAGAAACCAGCCAGAGGCAGAAGUUAAUAGAAAAGGAAGUAAAAAUAAGGGAGAAACAAAGAGCACAGGCUCGUCCUCUGACACGCUAUCUGCCUGUCCGGAAGGAAGACUUUGAUUUGCGAAGCCAUGUAGAGACUGCCGGCCACAAUAUCGACACCUGUUACCACGUGUCAAUCACGGAGAAGACCUGCCGCGGAUUCCUCAUCAAAAUGGGUGGGAAAAUUAAAACCUGGAAAAAACGUUGGUUUGUUUUUGACCGAAACAAGCGGACGUUCUCCUACUAUGCAGACAAGCAUGAAGCUAAACUAAAAGGAGUAAUAUACUUUCAAGCCAUUGAAGAGGUGUAUUAUGACCACCUUAAGAAUGCUAAUAAGAGUCCAAAUCCAUUACUUACCUUCAGUGUCAAGACACAUGACAGAAUCUACUACAUGGUGGCCCCAUCCCCAGAAGCUAUGCGGAUCUGGAUGGAUGUCAUAGUUACUGGGGCAGAAGGUUACACUCACUUCCUGUUGUGAACUGAGAAGAGUCUGUUUCAGGGAAAACUGCAGUAAUCUCUUACAAGAAAGAAGUCAUAUCCAAUCCCAACAGACGGACAGAACCGACAGACCAUCCUUGUAGCUGAAUACACUCAGAGAGACCCAAAGACCCGUACGUCUAACUGUAUAUAUUCAGAGCUCCUUUUAUAUUAAUGAGACGUCAUUUAAAAAAAAAAAAAAGGAAAGGGAGUUUUCAUUCAAUGUUUAAUCAUAAAUAUCAAAAGAAACCUGAAGUUUGUAUGAAAAGAAAAACACUAUUUCGAUAAAUAGCAUCACUUAUAGGAGCCUUUUUUGUAAACUUUUUAGAAAUCAGUUGUUGGUUUUGGUGAAAUAAGCUAAAUUGUUUACAGAAUGUCUGUAUAUAUAUACUUGGAAAUGCAGAAUUAUUUUAGCACACAAAUAAUUGGCAUUAACAUUAUUGGAAAUAAGCUGGCUUUUUUUUAAAAAUAGCAUUUAUAAGUAUAAGCAAAUAAGGGCUUGGAGGGAAAUAUGCUCGGGGAAUUUUUUUUUUUUAAGUCCUGCAUCAAAACCAAAGAUUUGGCAUGAAUUCUGUUUAAGACUUGUAGUUUCAAGUUAUGAGCCUCUUUUAGUGUAAUUCUAUUUAAAACCAUCAAAUACCCAGGAAAUUGACUUUGCAAAUGUGACCACAGCUUAAGUUACUGUACAUAUAUGUUAAACCACUUUUUGUGAAAGACAAAAGAACAAAAAGCUGUGCAUUUUAGAAAAGCCAUCUUGGGCAACAGCCAUUGUGCUACAGUGGGCAGGCAGGACUCAGGAACCUGCUCUGCUCAGUGUCUCCGUUCUUGGUUCUAAGAAUAAGGACUCCUUAAUUUCUUUUCAGUUGUCUGCUUUUGUUUUGUUGUGGAGCACACUAGCUAAUUACAGCCUCACAUGACACAACUAUGAAAUCACAGUUUUAUAUUCACCAAAGAACAGACCAAUUAAAAUACUUGUAGAAGUGUAGCUCUAGAAAAAA